AUGAGUAGUCCAGACUUUAGUGUUUCUUCGGAAACAGCAAGAGAAUACGAGUCUGAGUACUCAGCACAUAACUAUCAUCCAUUGCCAGUGGUUUUUGCGACAGCAAAAGGAGCCCAUGUAUGGGAUCCGGAGGGAAAAGAGUACUUAGAUUUCUUGUCUGCUUAUUCAGCUGUCAACCAGGGUCAUUGUCAUCCUAAAAUCAUUGAAGCACUUGUCGAGCAAGCUCAUAGGUUAACUCUCUGCUCAAGAGCAUUUUCUUCUGACGUGUUUGGUGUAUUCGCUAAAUACAUUACAGAAUAUUUCGGUUACGAUAUGGUUUUGCCAACUAACACAGGAGCUGAAGCCGUCGAAACUGGCUUAAAAUUGGCAAGAAGAUGGGGUUACAUUAAGAAGGGUAUCCCCGAGGGUGAAGCUAUAAUUUUGUCUGCUCUGAACAAUUUCCAUGGUAGAACUUUGGGGAUAAUUUCAAUGUCCACUGAUCCAGAUGCUACCACCAACUUUGGUCCAUAUUUGAACGGAGUUGGUCCACAGAUUCCUGGUGAAAAGACAGGCACUUUGUUAAGAUAUGGUGUCAUCGAGGAUGUUGAAAGAGCAUUCAAUAAUGCUGGCGACAAGAUUGCAGCCAUACUUUUAGAACCAAUUCAGGGUGAAGCUGGUAUUGUUAUUCCUCCUGCGGAUUACCUCUCUAAUGUUCAAAAAUUGUGUAAGAAGCACAACGUUUUAUUAAUUUGCGAUGAAGUUCAAACUGGUAUUGCAAGGACUGGUAAGAUGUUAUGUUAUGAACAUUCAGCAGGAGUCAAACCAGAUAUAAUCUUAUUGGGUAAAGCAGUUUCUGGAGGAGUCAUACCGGUUUCUUGUACUUUAUCUUCAAAGGAGAUCAUGCUCCUUAUGGAUCCAGGUUCUCACGGUUCAACUUAUGGUGGUAACCCACUAGCAUGUAGAGUCGCAGUUGCGGCUUUACAAGUUGUUAAAGAUGAAAAUUUGGUAGAAAGAUCCGCUCACUUGGGUGAAGUUUUCAAAGAACAGUUGAACGAAUUGAAGAAGGAAUCUAACGGAGUUAUUUCAGAAGUUAGAGGGAAAGGGUUGUUCUGUGCAGUGGUGAUCGAUAACUCUAAAACAAAUGGAAGGACCGCCUGGGAUUUGUGUUUGCUUAUGAAAGAUCAUGGUGUUUUAGCUAAACCAACUCAUGACAAUGUGAUAAGAUUAGCACCACCCUUAGUUAUUUCUGAGGAAGAUUUACUGAAGGGCGUUGAUGCAAUCAGAAAGGCUUUGAAAGAAUUACCAACCGUGCCAAAAACUAGCCAUUAA